AUGGACACGGAAGGGUUAUCCCUAAUCUGCGGCGGUCUCGGAACCAUCGAAGAGGACGAAAGAGGCAACCGAAUCGGUUACUCCAAGAAUGAAUACUGUCUCGAUAACCUGAAAGACUUGCUGAGGUUUCUGAGACGCGACGACCCGCAAACGCGCGAUGUGUUCAAACAAGUGUGUAAAUGGAACAUCGUUUCCAAGGACUUGAUACCGAUCAUCGAGCACUACCACGAAGAUCGCAACUUGCUCUUGAAUGCAGUGAAGGUUCUGGUGUUCCUUACAAUGCCUAUCGAGCCUGAUUCGACCGAUAUCUCUCAGCAGUUGGAGUAUUUGUGGGGUUUGAAGUCUGCGGUGACGAGCAGUGAUGUUGCUGCAGUGAUAGUGUCGUUUCUAGAAAGACCACUUGAGAAUUUGGAACGUGAUGCAUUCACCGAGGAUGAUUGGAAAUUGAUACAGCUAGUGCUUACAUUAUUCAGAAAUAUCCUAGCUGUUCAAGAAAUCCCGUUGCAGCAGAAGUCAGGGGGAUUUGCUAGUCAGUUUUUAUCGCUGAGAGAUAGAUUUCUGGAACUUUUGUUCCGUGAGAAUGUGAUGGAUAUAAUCUUGGUUAUAUGUCAAUAUGUUGGUGGUUCUAAUGUUUAUCUCCGUCAGGAUAACUUGCUUCUACUGGAAAUUUUCCAUUACAUUUUUAUGGGUCAGGAUCCGGAGCUGAUUGUUAGGACCCAUUUGAAAGGAUUAAAGGUGGAUGAAGACUCCCAAGCUUCUCUUAAUAGUCUCCAAUCCAUUAUGGAAGAAGAAAAGAAGAAGAGAAAUAUUUGCAGGCUCAGCAAUAUGAGUCGGCAUUCGCAAUUUAGUGGAACAUUUGUACGGCUUACAAUGGAUGGUUCUAAGGCAGUAUUUAAGGGAAAUCCUAAUUCUUCUCGUAAUGCGCUGCUUAAAUCACAAAAUGUCAGCCGGGGUCCUGCCAAAAAAAUUGCAUGGGAUCAUCCAAGGUUGCCUUCGACAAAGGAUAAGAUAUUGGAGUUGCUUCAUGGAUUUGUGAACCAGUUUCUUUCUGGGGGAUACAAUGUUUUGAUGCGAUCCAUUCGUGAAGAUAUUGAAAAGGAGCAUCCUGCAAUUCAAAAAAGUGAUGUUGUUGUUUUCUUUCAAGUGGCUGAAUUUGUCACUUCAUUUCAGUUUUACAAGUGUUCAGCUUCUAAGAUCAAGGAGGGAGGGGACACAUUUGAGACUUUUAGUGAUAAAGAUGCUGAUACCUCAGAUUUUAGUGGUCAAAUAUGUGGCCCAAUUGCAGCGUCCUUGAAUGAGUCAAUGUUUCAGUUAGUCAUUUCAAAGUGGCGGCAUGCCUAUGAUUGUCUAAAGGAAACAAAUGACUACAAGUUUCUAUCUGCAGCAGGUUCACUUUUGAAAAACAUGAUUCGCGUGCUGGAUUUGAUACUUAUAUUGUUGCCAGAAGACUCAAAGGAGCCGCAAACAGCGCGCAUCCUUCUGUACAAGUUAUUUUAUGAUCAGACAGAGGAAGGGAUGACUCAAUUCCUCCUGAAUUUAAUGAAAACGUUUGACACCCAUAAACAACCCAAAAGUGAUCUUGCAGAUUUGGUGGAAAUCAUUCAUAAGGUUGUAAAGAUGAUGAAUAAUCUGCAGUCUCGAGGAGCAUUGAGGGUGUCCAGAAAAUCAAGGAAAGUGAAAAAGAAGAAGUUUCCGGAAGGAACAGAAUCAGAGGGAAAACCAACUGGAGAUCCUUCCUGCAUUCAAAAUGAAGCUGGCAUCUCUAUUGGCAAUCAAUUAGCAGAAAACCAGCCACUGCAGAAGGAAUGCCUACCUAAUGCAAAUUGCACCAGGGAAGAUGUUGUUGCCCCUGAUGAUAAUGAACAUGAAAAUAAUGUUGAGGAAGAUAGGAACUCGCAAGUUGGUUUGGAGCUAAUGGAAAACACAAAUUCUGGACAUGCUAAUGAGGAUAUGUUGGGUGGCACUGUUGAUAUUUCAGAAGAUGAGCAAUUAAAUGCAAUUAAUGAAGUUGAUUUCAAGGUUUCAACCCUAAUAUCAGCCUUUGCAAAUCACAAUAUAAUUCAGAAAUUAUGUUGGUUGCUCAAGUUUUAUAAGAGCAAUUCCCUUGCUACAAAUCAUUACAUAAUAAAUAUUUUCCGGAGAAUAAGCGAUGAUCUUGAACUCCAUCCUAUGUUUUACCAGUUGUCUUUGUUCACGACUUUUUAUGAAAUCCUGGCUGAACAAAAGUCUUGCCCCUGCAAGGAAUAUGCAGAUAUAGUUGAUUUCCUGACCACUUUGGUCAGAAAGAUGCUAAAGAAAAUGAAAAAGCAACCCCUCCUAUUUGUGGAAGUCCUUUUCUGGAAGACCCGAAGGGAAUGCCAUUACAUCAAUGCUGAAUAUUUGUUGGAUGAGCUUGGUAAUUUGAAGAAAGAAAGUAUAAAUUGGAAUAAUCCUCAAGGAGAUGGAGAAAUUGGUUCAUCCCCAGUGAAGGCGUGGACUCGUAGAAGCAUAGCUGAUGCACUAGGUGAGGAUGAAGCUGAUGUUGUGAUCACUCAUGGCUCAGGAUAUCAAAACAAUAGAGAAAAGUUUGAUGGUGUUAUUGAAGGCUUUGCAUCUACCUCAGGCAGUAAUAAUGGCAAUGAUAAUAAUGGGGAGCAACUGAUGGAAGAUGAAUCUCGAAUAGCUCCAAGGAGAAAGAAAAAACUUAUUCUUGAUGGUGAAUUGGAGAGACAAAUUAAGGAUCUCUAUGAGAAAUUCAAAGAUGACCGACAUUGCAGUCUCCGUAUUGCUGAAGUGCUAGAUCCAGAUGGUAAAAUUUCACCGGCUCAAGUGUCCAAUCAGUUAAAAAAAUUAGGACUAAGAGUUGCACCAAGGAAAAAGAUGGGUGAUGCUGACGAACCUUUUUUGACUAGCCCUAAUCAAUUAGUGGGUGAUGGAAUAGCAGAAGGAGUUACUGAUCAUAAAUCAGAGAAUUUGGAGGGAAGCCUGUUGGUUCAGCAUGUGCAGAAAAGAAAAAGAGUACGUGCUUUCAAUAAAGAUCAGGAAGCUCUGAUCAAAGUUCUAUAUGAGCAAUUUAAGGACCAUAGAAGAUGUAGUUACAUGAUAGCCAAUGCACUGGAUGUGGAUGGUAAAAUCACUCCUGCUAUAGUCUCUCGAAAACUUAAGCAGCUUGGCUUAUCUGUUCCUCAAAAGAAGAGUUUUGGAGGCAAAAUGCACUCAACGGGUGAGGAUCUCAUGGAUUGUUCAAAAGAUAGAAUGAAUGAAUCUGAUGAUGAGACACUGAUAUCAUUAAUAGAAAGGAAAAAAAUGGAGAAUAGCAAAAUAUCUAGGGAACAUUUACAGGAAAAGACCGGGGCGGAUAAAUUGUCAAAAGAUGAUUGUGAUGAUGAAAUGCUCAGCUCUGUUCUCAAGAAAAAAAUUAAUAGCAAAGUAUCAAGUGAACAAUUACAUGAACACACCAGUGAGGAUACAUUAUCAAGAGAUGAUUCUGAUGAUGAAAUGCUCAGCUCUGCUGUCAAGAGAACUAGGAGAUCCCUUGGUAAAUCAAAGCAUGAUAAGCUUGAAACCAUCCAAAUUCAGGAGAGAAUAAUGGACAAUGGUUCUUUUAAUGGAGGCAUAAAAGAGGUAUCGGAAAGUGAAAAUCGGGUAGGUUUCAUGAACUCGUACCGAGUAGAAUAUCAGCAAGUGGAUAAUGACUUGGUAGAUUCAGAAGAUGAAGUGGCUGUUAGUGCAUUUCCUGACAAUGCUGUAUCCAGAAGGAAGCUGAGAAUGGUGAUUGAUCCUGAGGAUGAUGACUGA